AGCCAAAAUUUCCUUGCGUAUAAAUCCCCCGUGUUUGGUGGGAAGACAAACAGCAAAAAGUCUACCUUUUCAAAGACUAGAAAGGGAACAUACAAAAACCAAGCUCUGCAAUUUACCAAUGGCAGGGACUGCUGGUCCACAUGAAUUUUCGGAUACGGAUAGAAGCUCCGAGGAUGAAUCUGCGGUUAACGUUGCCGAAUAUGAAGGGAUCAGACAAGAACUGUUGGAGGAACACAAUAUAAUGAACGGCGAGAUCGUUUCAUUGGAACAAGCUAGUGAAGUUUUGGAUUUAGGGAAUUUGGAGCCAUAUACUGGGAUGACUUUUCAGUCCCUAGAUAAUGCAAGGGAUUUUUAUUUCGAAUAUGCCAAGAGCACUGGGUUUACCAUACGAACGAAUCGGAUUCGACACUCACUAAAGUGCAUGUCUAUAAUUGGACGGGAUUUUGUGUGUUCUAGAGAAGGCUUUCGAGCGGCGAAGCAUACACAUAGAAAAGACAGGGUUCUUCCUCCAAGGCCGGUUACAAGAGAAGGGUGCAAAGCGAUGAUAAGGUUGGCAGCUAGGGAUGGAGGUAAAUGGGUUGUUACCAAAUUCGUGCGUGAACACAGCCACAAGUUAAUGGCACACUGCAAAUUUCCCGGAGAGCUGCCAACUGUUAACAUGCUCACCGAGGAAGAGAAGGAUAAAAAAAUACAGGAUCUAUACAACGAGCUACAGCGCGAAAAAGAACGGUCUGCUGCAUUUCAACGACAACUACAGAUGAUUCUCAAAGAUCUUGAAGAACAUGCUGAAUUCAUGUCGAUUAGAGUUGAAGAGAUAGUUGAUAGCCUGAAAAGGGUUGAACUCGAUGAUUGUAGCUUAACUAGCCACAACCACCGGUAAGUUUUAUGUGGGAUCGGAUUAGACCUAAUUUCAUAACAUGUCACUGCUAAAAUCAGCUCUUCUGAGGCUGACAUUUUAGUUCAUUAGCAUAAA